AUGUCUAUUGACAACUACAAGUACUACUUAGUACUAGUUGAUCAUUAUACGAGAUAUACCUGGCUAUAUCCCUUGAAGCUCAAGUCCCAAGUCCGUGAGACCUUUGUUUCCUUUAAGAAUCUGGUGGAGAAUCGUCUGAAUACUCGCAUUGGCACAUUGUACUCUGACAACGGAGGAGAGUUUGUGGCACUCCGGUCGUUUCUCACCAGCUCCGGCAUAUCUCACUUCACAUCACCACCACACACACCGGAGCACAAUGGUGUGUCAGAACGCAAACACCGACAUGUCGUUGAGACUGGUCUCACCUUACUGACUCAUGCUUCCAUGCCAAAGAGCUAUUGGUCUUAUGCUUUUACCACCGCAGUAUAUCUCAUCAAUCGCCAACCUACUCCGGUACUGAACAUGGAGUCUCCGUUUAAGAAACUCUUUGGCGUUCCUCCUAAUUACUCGAAGCUAAGGGUCUAUGGCUGUCUCUGCUUUCCCUGGCUCAGACCAUAUACGGCAAAUAAAAUUGAAGAUCGUUCAACUCCCUCCGUCUUCAUUGGCUAUUCUCAAACGCAAAGCGCUUAUCUGUGCCUCCAGCCUUCUACCGGUCGCAUUUACAUCUCCAGACACGUCCGGUUCGACGAAACGGUCUUUCCUUUUCACAAAUCGGCGUCUCCGGUACCAGUGAACACUUCCCGGGCUUCCUCAAUUCCAUCGCCUCCUCCUCCUGUAUCAUUGCUUCCAGUCCUACCACCGACGCAUGCAAUUCCGGUGACACCAUCGAAUCCGACUCUCUCUACCUCCGCAACCCACUCUUUGACUCCGACGGACACAUCGACGCCGUCGAUCCGCCACAACACCGGUCACACUGAAAGCUCCCCAACCUAUCAGUUCCAGUUCGCCAUCAUCUCCGACAUCGACGACAUCGCCGUCUUCUGUUUCUACCACCGUCUUUGUACCAGAGGAGAUAUUCCGCCUUCUCCACCGCCGGCCAAUCCCCCUCCAAAUCCACCGCCGGAUAAUCUCCACCACAUGACCACUCGCCGCAAGAACAACAUCACGAAACCUAACCCCAAAUACAACUACUCCGCUCGACUCUCUGCCUCGUUCCCAGCGGAGCCUCAAACCCUCUCUCAGGCACUCAAAGAUCGCCGUUGGCGUGGAGCCAUGUCCACCGAGAUUGAUGCGUUUGCACAAAAUCGAACCUUUGAUUUAGUGCCUCGACAAUCUCAUUUCAAUGUGGUUGGCUGUAGAUGGAUUUAUACUAACAAGUUUUUCUCUUCUGGUGCUCAUAACAGGUGCAAGGCGAGACUAGUCGUGAAAGGGUACAACCAGGAGUAUGGUCAGGAGUACACCGACACCUUUAGUCCGGUGAUCAAAGCAACGACGAUCCGUACCGUUCUCGACAUUGCUGUCUCGUGA